AUGACUCCGGAAGGGGAGCGGACUCGUCAACUUAGUGACUUCACCCGAGUGGCUCCGGAAGUAGAGUGGACUCGUCAGCUUACCCCGCUAACCGCUUCUUACGGUUUGGGCCAAGUUCUACAAGCUGUGCUUGAAAAUGGUUCCAAGCCUUCACCUGAAGAUGUGAAUUACGAAUUGGCAGAAUGCGUAGUAGAGAAGGUCAUCAAGAAAUGUCUCAACUCGACGGCCAGUCGACGACCCAGUGUGCAGCAGAUCUCAACUCAGCUGAACGUUAUCAGCAAAAAACUGAAGAGUUCAAAGGGGGAACGCUGGAAUCCUAUCUAA